AUGGCGGAAGCAGUAGCUGGCUUGCUCACGUCCGCUUUCGUCAAUAUCGCGAAAGAUAAGCUGGGCUCUGCCAUCGGCCGGGAGCAGGCUAAUUUGCUCUGGAACUUUGGUGGCGACUUGGAGGAGAAGAAGGAUGCCUUGGAGACCAUCUCAGCUGUGCUUGAGGAUGCUGAGAGGCGGUCAGGCAAGGAGAAACUGGUGCAGCUAUGUCUGAAGCAGCUCAAGGAUAUCGCCUUAGACAUCUCCGACGUGCUCGAAGAUUACCAAGACACGACUGACCAAGCAGCUGCAACGAUGCCAGGACUUCUCUCAUGUCUCCCGGUGGCAUACAAGAAGAUUGCCAUGGCCAAUAGGAUGAAGAGUCUAAGAGAAAAACUGACAAAAAUUAGAAAUGAAAUUGAUAACUUCAACUUUAUAAGGGGCAGUAGCACUACUAAAGAGCAGCCUUAUGAUGAACGUGAAACAACAUCAAAUUUGCCUGAGGAACCAUUGAUAAGAAGGGACGGAGAAAAGCAGGAAAUCAUAAAGCUGUUAUCUACAAAUACCAACAACAAUGAGAUAGUGAUUGUUCCUAUCUAUGGCCUUGGUGGGAUGGGUAAGAGUAAUUUGGCACAACUAGUUUACAAUGAUGAAAGUUUCAAGAAGUAUGAUCAUCGUAUAUGGGUUUAUGUGUCCCAAGAUUUCAAUUUGAACAAAAUAGGAAGCUCUAUAAUUUCUCAAUUACCAACAGAAGGAGGUCAGCAAAAUAUUGGAAUACAACAGGUGAUAAAACAAUGCCUUGAUAACCUACUCCAAGGCAAGGAGGUUUUGAUUGUUUUAAAUGACUUAUGGGAGGAAAAGGAGACCGAGUUGGCUAAACUGAGAAGGAUGCUUCAUGUCAAGGGCAGUAAGGUAGGUGUCAUAGUAACUACACGCAAGGAAGAGAUUGCAAGAAAAGUUUCAACCAGCGAACCAUACAAGCUACGACCUUUUGAAGAUGCUAUAUGUUGGGAAAUAAUUAAGAGAUCUAGUAGGUUUGAACUGAAAUCUAACAAAGAAAGAAUAGAGGAAAUAGGAUUGGAUAUUGCAAAGAAAUGUGGAGAUGAUCUAUCUGGAUGGACAAAAAUAAAUAGCAGUGAUAUCUGGAAUGGAUCUUCUGAAGAUAGUGACAUGCUUCCUUCCUUGAAAUUAAUUUAUGAAAGGAUGCCACCACAACUAAGGAUAUGCUUUUCCUUUUGUGCCAUAUUUCCCAAAGGCUACAAUAUUAUUGAGGAUGAUUUGGUUCAACAGUGGGUUGCUCUAGGUUUCAUCAAGCAAUCAGAGGGGAAAGAAUAUUUUAACAAACUUUUGGGAAUUUCCUUCCUUCAAGUUUCGAAGUUGCAGUCGACUUCUAAAGAGCAUGUGGUGCGAUACACCAUGCAUGAUCUGGUGCAUGACUUGGUGAGAUUGACGGUGGCUGACGAGUUAAUAGUUUUUGAUGUUGCACCAAGGAGAAAUACACGUGCCCACAAAUAUUGUCGCUAUUCAUUGCUCAGAAAAUAUGAUUGCAAAAUGAAGAUGGCAAAUAUGCCUUCAAAGAUGAGGGCACUUCGUUUCUCAUAUACUGGCAAGCUACUGGAUAUCCCGAGUGGUGCAUUUUCAUUUGCAAAGUGCUUGCGCACUUUGGAUUUCAGUGAAUGCUCUGGCAUAUUCUUGCCAGCAUCUAUUGGCCAACCGAAGCAACUGAGGUGUCUUAUCGCUCCAAGGGUGCAAAAUGAUAGUCUGCCAGAGUGUAUCACUGAGCUAUCUAAACUGCAGUACCUAAACAUAAAUGGAUCUUCUCAGAUUUCUUCACUGCCAGAAUCAAUUGGCAAGCUUGGACGUCUGAAACAUCUAUGUUUGUCUAGUUGUUCUGGUAUAACAAAACUGCCGGAAUCAUUUGGUGACUUAAAAUCUAUGGUGCAUCUUGACAUGUCAGGUUGUGAAGGGAUAAGAGAACUGCCAGACUCUAUUGGUAAUCUCAUGAAUUUGCAGCAUCUUGACUUAUCUAGAUGCUUCAGUGUAAAAGGGAUACCUGAACUGUUGUGUGGCCUCACACAACUCCAAUAUUUGAACUUAUCAUCUUGUGUAUGUCUUGAUCGGCUACCAGAAGGUAUUGGCGGUCUCAUGGAUUUACAGUAUUUAAACAUGUCAUCCUGUCGCCGAAUCAGACAACUGCCAGAAUCAGUGAUGAAGCUACAAAAUUUGUUGCAUCUAGAUCUGUCAUACUGCAGCAGCAUGCAACAACUGGGAGGUGUGCGUGGCCUCACCGCACUACAGCACCUGGACAUGUCACAGUCACGGGAAGUUGGUCUUGAAGAUUUGUCAGAUGUUUUGGCAAACCUCACCAAUCUCAAGCACUUGAGCUUAGUUAAUUUAAUCAUAAGCAACUCGGAGGGAAGUGGUAGUAAUGUCCUUGACUGGAUCGGUGGCCUUACAAAUCUGGAGCACCUGAAUCUAUCUUAUAAUUUUGGUUUAGCUUGUUUACCGGAAAGUAUUGGUAACCUCAAAAGAUUGCAUACACUGGAUCUUACGAGUUGUUCCAAGCUUGAGUCCCUACCAGAGAGUAUAGGCGCUCUUGGGCUCAAGUCUUUAGUGCUGGACCGGUGCUCAUAUUAUCUGAUAAAUCAGGCCAGUUCUCUGGUGCACUUUUCACAAACAUUGCCUGACUUCACAGUUCGUGCGGAUGAUGUGAACGGUUGCAGCAAUCUUCAUAUGCUCGAAGGAAUCAAUGUCAGUGAGUUAAGAAUACGUCAUCUCGGAAAUGUAAGGUCUCUAGAAGAAGCAAGUAAAGUCAAGUUGUUGGACCUAGAAGAAGCAAGUAAAGUCAAGUUGUUGGACAAACAUAAUCUCUUGGAGUUAACGUUGUCCUGGACUGUGUCUGGGUUGUCUGGGUUAUUGUUUCGACCACGUCUGGAGGACAAGGAUUUGUUGGGACAGCUACUGCCACCAAGAGGACUUAAGCACAUGUGUCUCGAAGGUUACAGCAGUACAAUGUAA